GCUGUCCUCACGCACGCUCGCCCUGUUUUCCCGUCGCUCUGUCGUUCCUGUUCUUGUGUUUGUUGCUCCGAGGGGCGCGAUGGGGUUCGUCGUCUCCAAGGCCAUGAACGACAGCCUGAAAGGGCAGCAGGAGUUUAUGCGGCUGCAGCUGGAAAGGCAACUCGUAAUGCAGAACCUGAUGAGAGAGAGACAAGCAGCCAUGCAGAUUGCUUGGACACGGGAAUUCCUCAAAUAUUUUGGAACGUUUUUUGGACUUGCUGCUGUAGUUUUAACAACUGGAGCAAUUAAAAGGAAGAACCCAGCAGUUUUACUGCCAAUACUUCCCUUAGGCUUUGUAUUUUCCUAUCAAUAUGAUAUGGGCUAUGGGACACUGUUGCAAAGGAUCAAAGGUGAAGCAGAGAGCAUACUUGACACACAGAGCAGUUUGCUAGAAUUUCCAAAAGGACCUCUCACGUUUGAAGAUUUGGAGAAAAUCAGAAUAUCUCAAAGCAAGUUCUUCAUGGAAAAAUAGGAAGAUGAUAUUAAAGCUAUAUAUGUGAAAUAUGAUUAUAGUACUGCAUUUGGACUUAAAUUAUUAAAAAUUUGAGAAGAUUGAGCUUUUAUAAAAUCAAAAUUCAAUUUAUUUUUCAAACCCAGCACUUUCUAAAGCAAUUGUUUCUCUGUUGUAUGUAUCUCUUCAAAAUGUUCAUUGGUGCUGUAGUAUAUUUUUCUUGUUUAUAAUGAAAAACUGAAUUUCUAUUGUCUGUUCAGAGUCUGAAAAUAAUUUUAACCUGUAAUAAAAAUGUCUGGUACUAACCAAAUUCAGUAUAAUCAAUAAAGGUCAGUUAAUUGGUAGUUACAAGUUUAUAUAAAUAUGGUCAUAAUUUUCAAAUGUAUUUCAGGGUAUAAAGCUCAAUUUGAAAUCAGGCAGUCAAUUUUCUUGAAAAAUAAGACACUUUUUAUUUGCUGUUCUUUAGGCAGUGAGCUCACCAUCUCUGCUUCAAAUUCUGGAAUAAACAGCUUUUAUCAGAAGUAGGUUCAGAAGUAAACAUAUCACUUGCUAGCUGUGUUUUACUUUUAGGGAAAACUAUGUUAAAAUAUGAGCAGAGAUAGUUUCUGAAAAAGAGAAAACAAAUUAUGUGGCUAUUUCCUGAAUAUUUUUCAUGCUUGUUUGGCAUUCUGAAACUCAGGGUAAUUUGUUUACAUUAAAUCAGAGUUUUGCUACUAAGAUGAAUAUUAACUUAAGCUAACAGCAAUCAAAAUUAUUAAUGAAUGUUUUUGUAAUGAGUAGAUCCAAGUGGCCUUACAAGUAUUGCAAAACUGAGGGAUUUUUUGCAUGCAUUUACUCUAGCAUGGUACAUACAAAGAAUAUAGUUCCAGUAUACUUUAAUGUUGUGAUAUCACAUUUGGAAAAAAAAUCAUCUUUCUGUAUUGGAAGUCUUGUUUAGAAAUAGAUUGUUUUGUAUUUUUGAUUGAGAUUGUUCUAGCAUUAAUCUAUUUGUGGAAUGAUAAACAAAUACUCAAAAAGCAUAAAAGCAUCCAAAAAUGAAUUAGGCCUAAAUCUGUAUUGACAAUUUGUUGGCUUAAAAAUUAAAUUCCAGCUGAAGAUGAUGUUCCAAAUAUGAUUUUGAAGACUACUUAACUAAAAUUAGAAUAUUGUCACCGUAAGAYAGGUAGAUACAUAAUUAAAUGAAAGCUUCUCUAUACAGAAGAAAUUAAUAGCAUGGUUUCCGCUGUUUGACUUCUGAAAGUGCAUUGGCUUCUGCAUUUAGUCACUUCUGUAAUUGGUUCUGUCAUCUGUGUGUUAACGGCGCAUACAGUCUGUAACUGAUUUCAAAUGUGAUGUGUUUUAAUGGACAGUGUUAUWAAAUGGGAUGUAAUAGCUGGUUUGAUUAGAGCAGCUUGCUGUGUGCUUGGGCUACACUUUAGCCAGUGAAAUUUUCUUGAUGGCAUGCCUCAGCUCAGCCUGUUCKGUGAGCAAGCACUGUGCAGCUCAAGACCACCUCACAUUUUUGCCUGUCCUGUAACAUAACCCCUCACCACUUGCUGAUGUAUUAUGUACUACUCAUAGAACGUAACUACUCCACUUUCUUGUUUUACAUUGAAUAAUAGAGCAUCUGCAUAGUUUUCUCCGAGUUCUGAAGUCCAGCAUGCUUCAAUUUUGAAGAAGUCGGUAACAGUCUUCUGUGUUUUGGUAUCUGUCAUCUAUUGAUAUACUUUUUUCCAAAAAAGAAAAGCAAUUGAACCAACUGGUUUUUUUUUUGUGUUUGUACGUCUCUAUCUCUGCCUUUUAGCCCACCUUUUAAUCCUAUGAAAGAUAUUUUGGCAAGAGAACGGUUUUAACAGCCUGUACAACAGUUUUACUUAUAAAUCUUAGAAGAUUAGGAAUACCCUAAUUGUAUCCACUGUGAAUUAGGAAUCAAUAUCUGUGUGUUUGUGACAGAUUCUUGGCUAUGGUGUUGGAUAAAAACCCAGUGUUAGAGGGAGCAAAAUAAUGGUCAGUUUUAGGGGAUAAUAGGGUGACUUUUUAUUACUCCAUCCAAGCUAAAUUUGAUUUUUUUUUCUCCCAGACUUUGAACUUAGAUCAAUAGUGUUAAUCUAUUGCAAGACUCCACACUAAAAAGUGACAGAAAUGGGGUAACUUAAAUUCAAUAUUACACAGUGUCAGUGAAAUUUACCAAAUAUAUUAAGGAAAAGGCUCUAAGCAAGACAGUCUAACCCAGAAAUGGAUUUAAAUGGGCUACAUGGAAUGUGCCGAAGAUCAUCGAGGAGUUAAGGGUUAGUCACCUUUUUUGCUGUUAUUUUUUACUGUUAGUUUUAUUUUUUCUUGAAAAGUGCAUGCUUUUGUUUUGGAGGUGCUCAUUGUUUGUUGUUCUGCUACCAGUGUGUUAAUCAAAAUGCUUGCAUGUGCCGUGUGUGAGGUGUCACAUAGUGACAACUGCAAAGUAACUGAAUGAUGUCGCUUCUUUCAGAGGACAAUGAAAGAAAACAGGAGAUUAUUGGUGAUAAGGUUUACUUCAGGGAAAUUGAUGUUUACAGCAUAAGUUGUCCAUAAUCAUCAUAUGUGUUAUAGAAAUAAAUAAAAGACC